AUGAUCUUGCCAUGCUUACACUUCAUAUUUCUCUCAGCUACCACGUCGUCUGCCGCUGCUGCCGCGACUACUUCUGCGGCAUCCAACAAUGCCGCGACCUCCAACAACUUGCAGACUUCCUUAACCCUUGACAGUUCAGUGAUUGCUACUGGGUUCGCAAAAACCGGCCAGGAGACUCCGACAGCCGGGCAGUCUGCCAGUCUCACGUCGACUAACAACUUCAUCAACUUCUGUGCUACCGUGCCAGGAGUGCCUAUCACGAACGGUCAACAAAUCAAGACAGGGUCUUGCAACCCGGCGCCCAUGGGUGUUAUCGCUGCGACGACGAACAUGCCGUCCUCGAAGUUCACGUUCCCAACGAACUUCGGUACGAUUCCAGCCAACCAGGCCUUCACAAUCAACAUGGCGAUCAACAACAUCCAGACCGGCACGUUCGUGAACGCUCAGGCCAACUACUACUCCGCGCCCCAGCAAGUCAAUGCACAGGGCACCAUCAUCGGCCACACGCACGUCGUCAUUCAAAAAUUGGACGCGAUCGACCAGACCACCCCUGCGGACCCCAGCGUCUUCGCAUUCUUCAAGGGUAUCAACUCCGCUGCGGUCAAUGGCGUUGUCAGUGCAGACGUCACUGCGGGUCUCCCCGCGGGUGUGUACCGCUUGGCCUCAAUCAACGCCGCGGCGAAUCACCAGCCUGUCCUCGUUGCUAUCGCGCAGCAUGGUUCUCUCGAUGACAUGGUCUACUUCACGGUGUCUGACAGUGCUGCCGGUGCUGCUGCCGGUGCUAGCAACUCAACGGCUGCUGCGACAAACAAUGCUGCUGCGUCCACCACGUCGGCUGCUGCCGCUGCGACCUCCAAGGCUGCAACUGGCACAGCCCGCAAGCCCAUCGGUGCUAAGAACGCAUAA